CAGAAAGGCAUGGGAUGGUAGCCUGAGUAAUCGAUGCUUGCCAUGCUGGGCCUUCUGGUCGCUGGCCUUGGGGGUGCUCUUGGGCGAGAUGCCCCAGCGGCCUUGGAGGCCUCUUACAAGGAGCGCAUCCAAGGCCUGCUGAAUGCCUCCGCCGAGGCAGCGGCCCAGCACUUGUCCAAGCGUCUCGCGCUGAAGUCGGAGCUCUUUGGUGGCUAUGAGUUUGAAUACGGCGAGCAGGUUCGCUGGUUGCACGGCUGCUUGGACAUUGUGGUUGACCGCGAUUCAGUGGAGAAUUGUGUGCUGCGGCAGCUGCAAGCUUUGACUGCGCUUUGCGGCGUGCCUUUAAGCAAGGACAGCAAGACCAUUGUGGAGAAACAUGUGAAGCAUUUGCUGAAGGCAAAAUCGUAUCCCUCGCUGGGCAUGCGGCUGCAGCAGAUUUCCGGCGCUUCUGUUUUCGUGUUCCAGAAACAGCCAGGUUCCAGCGACGUGGAUGCGAGCCCUGCAAUACAAGCCAGCGUGCUCAUGGCUGCGGCGAGGUGUGGUGAGGCUUUGGGCAAGAAGAACUACCUGGACGAUGCCGAGUCUUGGUUUCUGGGGCUGCAGAAAAUUUAUCCCGAAUCUCUUUGGAAUGAGUCCUUCAUCUCCUACCACCGCUCAGCGAUCAUGUGGGAGUCCCUGGCUGUCACCGCUCUCCAUGUAGGCGAGCAGUCCAGCUUCCACGAGGAUUUGGAGGAAUACCUCCACCGUUUCGAGGCCUUCUUGCGGCGAGCUUGGGAAGGCAAUGCGGAGUACUGGUCCUUUGCCUCUGCCAGGGCCCUGGCAAUCCGAUGGCCAUCCAAGGCGGCCAAGAAGCAGCGGCUGCUGCUAAAGCGCUGGGCCACCGAACACGUGGACCGUUUCCUGGGCAGGUCUGAGAGCUUCCGGCUCCAGAAGGGGCCCGAGGUUGGUAUUUCGCAAGGCAUUCUCGCGAGGAUCGGGGGAGCGCGAUAUACCUGCGGCCCCCUGCAGGGCUUGGCAUCGCUGGCGGCCAUGCUCAUGGAUGCCGAGUUGGUGCAGGUCGUGCUGCAGCUUCUUGAGAAGGAUGUGAAUCGGUACCAGCUGUCUCAGCUCAAUCCCGGUCCACUCGGCGAAGGAUCAGAGACAUCAGAGACAUUGGGAGCCUUCUUCCGCGAUGAUGACCAACUGCAACUGGAGAAGAGAAGCAGCAUGCGCGUGGAUGAUACUGCAAUGUGCCUCCUGGCAAUAUCACAUAUGCUGGAGGCGCUGACUGCAAUCAAAGGUGUUGUUGUGAACACUGAGAGAAUAGACAAGCAAGAAGAAUUGUGA